ACAAAUUCAAUUGUAUAGUCUUUAUUUAUUUUUGAAGAAUAAGAAACUUACGCCGAUAGAAACUAGACGCAAUCAAAGAUGAUUUUUGAAAUUGAAAAAUCAUACCAAGAAUUCAUUAAAUCAGUCGAACUUCUCCUUUCGUUCAAAUUGCAGUAUUUAAUUGAAGAGAUGGAAACAUUUGUGAAAGCUGCCAACGUUCACGAAAGAGAAAUAUUUUCAAGAUGUUUAAAACGAGUAUUUCCUCUUCAUAUGAUCUAUAACUUGAUGGCCAUCAGUGCGACGCUGAGCUAUAUACUUGGCCCUUUCACACUUGAUCGCCUAUUACCGAAUAAUUUUCUUUAUCCAUUUGCUGUGGAUAAACAUCCUAUAUACGAUAUUAUGUAUAUAAUGGAAAGCACAGGAGCUAUUCAAUGCGGCUGCUCGACAGCUGUUAUCUGUCAAGUGAGUCUUCUCCUUUGGUAUGGAACAAUACAACUUGAAAUUCUCGCGGAGAAAAUGAAAAAAGUCCGCAAUGUUCAGGAGCUUAAAGAGUACAUUCAUAUGCAUCAUCAUAUACUUUGCAAAAAUUUGAACAAUCUAGAUUUCACAAGCAUAAUUUACAGGUAUAUUGAUGAAGCCAAUAAAACCGUUCGCCCCGUAGUUAUGACAACAAUUGCAAUGGCUACUAUGUCCAUUCUGUGUGGUGAAAUAACUAUAGUUGGGAAUGGACCCAGAAUUGAAAAAUUACAAUUUGUCAUGAUUGUAAUCGCAUUCUCAAUAGAACUCCUGUGUGUUGCAUGGGCUGCAGAGAAUUUAACUACCGCGUGCGAACAAGUGGGGUGGGCUUUGUACGAUUCCUCGUGGCUUCAAAAUUCGAAAGAAUUGAACAACGCAGCACUUUUCAUUAUGCAGAAAUGUCAAAACCCGCCGGUAGUUUCCAUCGGUGGAUUGAUACCGAAAUUAUCCAUGAACUAUUAUGCAACGUAUUUGUCAGCAACCUAUUCAUUUUUCACUACGCUGCGUGUAGUCCUCCGAAAAAUCCAGGACGAUUUGUAA